AUGUACGUCAAGGCUGUUACAAGAUUCCAAAGAACAAUUUCUGCACCCAAUGUCAUGCUUGGAAUUUACUCUCGUUCCAGUAACGUCGCUGCAAUGUCCUUGUGGGAACAAGAAAAGUUGGAUGAAGCUAAGGAAAGCCUCGCACAAACGGUCUUAACCUUGACUCUCUUGGAUGUCGGCGGAGGUUUCGUUUUGCCGGUUGUCGAGGAAAUUGUGUCUCACAUAAAAAAGGAGAAAAACUUUGCUCCCACAAGACAAGCCUUUAGCGAUUACAAAAGGAUUUUAAAUGACGAAAUUUUGAAACCAGCCGAGAAUGUCGACAAGAACAUUAUAAAAAGAGCGAAAACGGCUGUGGAACGGGCUCUGAAGAUUGACGUUGAGAAGUUUCCUGCUUUAAGUAGAGUUCGAAAAGCGUUUAGUAGGGCAAGCAAGUGGUUUAAAGGAGCUUCUUGGUUGGACGUGCUCGGGCCUCUUUCUGAUAGUUUAACGGUUGGUAUCAACAUUUGGGGAUUAAAAAUAGCAAUCGAAGACGAAAACGCUCCUGGUAUAGCUGCUGCAUCACUGAGCAUAGCUGCUGGACUGGUGGGCUUGACUACUUUUGUAGCUGCCGUCGUGACAGGAUCUGCUGUGCUUGGACCAGUCGGCGCCAUCAUUGGAAUUGUUCUUGGCCUCGCCGCUACGCUCGUGGAACUCAUCGGUGGUCAUUCUGGGUACGACGCUGCAGCAGUUGAGGCGUACAGGAACAGAUUGAGGGAGCUCCAGAAUCUAAGGGACGCCUGCAGGGCACGGAUUGACCAGAAAAUGGAAUUCCUGGAUAAGGUGGAAUCGCCGUACACCGACGUUUACGUCAACAACCAGGCGGCGUCCAUGCGAAGAGUUCAUUACGGUAGAUUAAUCAUGGUCGAUGGCUCAGAUAGCCCUCAUCCCCAACACACAAAAGCCGCCACUUACGCGACCUCCCUUUACCAACGGAGGUAUGUUGACACAAGAGACCCGCCAGAUGAGAUAGCUAACGGAGAGUUCUUGAUUAUGGGCAAUCAACACUCGAUCAUAAGUCCUUUAAUGCCCACGGCAAAAAGCAGCACUGGCUGGGGUAAAGUAGCCGGAUACGUGGGCUUCGAUUUUUAUGGGAAAUUCAAGGAAGGAACAGCCUACAAAGGCGUGCAUGUUUUUAUCGAUUCUGACUUUAUCGAUGAAGAACGGUUAAAUGAUUUGUACAUCAACACCGAGUACAAUAUUCCAGAUUCAAAUGAAAAACACGACGUAGUUAGUAUUAGUGAUUACAAGAAAAUUUACCGCAACAAUAACCCAGGUCCGGCUCUAAUAAUUGAUACCGGAGGGGGCAACGAUGUUUUGAACAUAAAUGGUAUGAUUGGCGAAUUUCAAAGUCGAAGUGUUGAUAUCUUAAACGCCAACUUAGGUGACGGGCACAAUGUGCUCUCAUUUCAAGGAAUAUCUAAAGAUCGAAAUGACAUAAAGGGCAUCUUUUUCGAGGCCAAAACUGGUGCUUUGAAAUAUUACCAUGGAACGACCCGAAACACUCAUUUACUCGGUAGCGUGCAAAAUGUCGAGUUAGUUAACGGUUCACCGUUCGAUGAUCACGUGAUUCUGUAUCCAAAUUUUCCCGGGGAAGGUUAUAACAUACCAUAUUUUAACCGUUUUAUUGUUGUUCAACAACGAGGACGCAAUGAAUACGAAAUCAACUGUGCUGAUUUAGCAGAACUUGCUAAACAACAUACCACUAAGAUUGAUCCUGUACUAGAUACCAAGCAUGAUAAAGAGCACGUACCUCGGUUUCAGAUAAUCGACAAAAGCGACCAAAACCCAAAACUCAACUUGAAAAUGCCUUCAUCUUCACAGGUUACGGCCAAUGACGUUGUGCUCUUUAAGAAAAAGCUGAUUGUUUUUGAUACCACGGGGCAGAAACCACAUCCUCUCUUUAGAGUGGUGCUUGAGACAGAAUCUACUGUCAAUCUCUUCAUCAACAAUGCAAAUCCUAGACCGGUUAUUCCUGGCUACAUCAGUCCCGUCUUGAUUUCUGGUGAAAUGAAAUUUCAUGAGCGACAUGGGGGAGAUAUUUGGUUCACAGGAGGAGAAAAAAGUGAUCUGCUCUUCUUGAAAUGGGACGUGGAUGCAAUGGGGCAACCUGAUGGUAUGAGCAGGGUCGACAUGGCAGGUGGCACUAAUUAUGUGCUUAUUAGCGAAAAAGAUCUAAUCCAGCCAUUAGGCAUCGACGGUACAUCCGUACUUCUUUCAGUCAAACGAGCCCCCAUGCCCCUGCCGAGUGACCCCCUAUAUGAAAAGUGUCGCUUUCCUAUAGAUAUCAAGAUACAUAAGCCAGGUUUCCAUGCCCACUAUGGUUACUUUUGGGAAAUUUGUAAUGCCAAAAAAAUUAUUAACGAGUAUGGUGACGAGCUGGUUGAUGUACAGAGAGAGAUCAUUGACAAUUCUCCUCUUCCACACAUGAAUCUUUAUGACAGGUACAUUGAGGUCACUCGAGAUACCUUGCAACCUUCAAACGAUUCCAUUGAAAACGACUCAAUAUUUAAGAAAGUGUAG